AUGAGCGACAACAACAGCCAGCUCGACCUCGCCGCCCGCCUCCGGGCGCUGCGCGAGGGUGGCACCGAGCCAGCCCCUGCGCCGGCACCGACGCCCUACAUGCAGUCGCCGCCACCGCGAACGCGGCCCACGCCGCUGUACACGCAAGAGUCGCUCGAGUUUGGCGGGACGUAUGCGACUGGCAGCCCUGUCGGCGCCGAGGCCGACGGCUCGUACACGCAGGUGCCUGUGUGGAAAGACUCGAAGGAAAAGACGUACGGCUACCUCGACGACGAGCCGGCACCGCAGCCCCAGACGCUCCUUAACAAGGCCAACAGCCUCGUGCAGCGCCAAGUCUCCAACAAGUCGCUUCGGCGCCAGCACACGGCCGCGUUUCGCCCGCUUCCCAACACUGUCGAAGAGCUUCUCGAUGGCACGCCGACGUACGAAGGCGCAUUCCGACUCGUGCAACUCGCUGUGCAAAUGGAGCAGGACGGCGACCCGGAGGCCGCGAUCAACUUGUACGCGGACGCUGGCGCGACUCUUGUCGAGGUCGGACGCAAGGAGGUCGACCCGCUUUUGCAAAAGGGCAUCCGCCAAAAGGCCCAGGAGCUCCUCCAGCGUGCCGAAGACCUCGAGAAUUGGAUGAACAGCGUCGCCGAGGAGGCGCGCAAGGCCGCGCUGCCGCCGAGCCUCCGCAUCGCACGCACAAACGUGCCGACCGUCGAGCAGGCGUGGGCCGGCCGACCGCCGCCCUUCCACGACGCCAACGAGUUUAAACUGAUGCGCUACACGGCGGUGGCGACCAAGGACCCGAUCCAGUUCUCGGACGACGGCUACGUGCUCCGCGUGCACGAGCUGCAGCGGCCGAUCAAGGUCUUCAUCACGAUCACCAUGUACAACGAAGAAGGCUCCGAGAUCAAGGGCACCCUCACGGGCCUCGCAAAAGGCCUCGCGUACAUGUGCAAGGAGUACGGCGACGACUUUUGGCAGCAAGUCGCGGUCGCCAUCGUGUCGGACGGCCGGACCAAAGCGUCCAAGACGUGCCUCGAGUACCUCAAGGCCGUUGGUGCGUUUGACGAGGAGAUCAUGACGGUCACGUCGCUCGGCGUUGACGUCCAAAUGCACCUCUUUGAGUCGACGCUCCAGCUCGUUGAGAACCAGAACUUCGAGGCCUUUUACCCGCCAUUGCAAGUGAUUUACGCGCUCAAGGAGAACAAUGGCGGGAAGCUCAACUCGCAUCUCUGGUUCUUCAACGCGUUCUCGGAGCAGCUCAACCCCAAGUACACGGUGCUCGUCGACGUCGGCACGAUUCCGGCCGAGACCUCGGUCUUUCGCUUGAUCCGGAGCAUGGAGCGCAACGCGCAGAUUGGCGGUGUCGCCGGCGAGAUUGCAGUCGAAGCCCCCAACUUCUUCAACCCGGUGAUUGCGGCGCAGCACUUCGAGUACAAGAUCUCCAACAUCAUGGACAAGUCCCUCGAGUCGGUGUUUGGCUUUAUCUCGGUGCUGCCCGGCGCGUUCUCGGCGUACCGCUACGAGGCCAUUCGCGCCGUCAAGGGCGUCGGGCCGUUGCCCGAGUACUUCAAGAGCCUCACGUCGACGACAAAGGAGCUCGGACCGUUCCAGGGCAACAUGUACCUCGCGGAAGACCGCAUCUUGUGCUUUGAGCUUCUCGCGCGCAAGCAGCGGCGCUGGACGAUGCACUACGUCAAGGACGCGAUCGCGCGCACGGACGUGCCCGAGACGCUCGUCGACCUCAUCAAGCAGCGCCGGCGCUGGCUCAACGGGUCCUUCUUCGCUGGGCUCUUUGCGAUCGGGCACUUUGGCCGCGUCUGGAGCAUGAGCAGCCACUCGUUUGGCCGCAAGCUCGUGUUUUCAUUCCAGUUUGUCUACCUCGCGCUCCAGAACCUGCUCUCAUGGUUCCUGCUCAGCAACCUCUUUCUCACGUUCUACUUUGUCUUGACGCUGGCCUUUACCGAGUCGGCGCCCGCGCUGCUGCAGACGAUGCUCACCGUCUACCUCGCAAUCAUUGGCGGCCUCAUCGUCUUUGCGCUUGGCAACAAGCCCGAGCCGCGCACGGCCAGCUUCUACCUCUUUAGCUGCCUCUACAUGGGCAUUAUCAUGCUGCUCGUGACCGGGAUCUCGAUCUACGGCUUGAUCGGGAAGGGCUCGAGCGCCGUGAAGGACCCGCGCAACAUCACGGGGAUGUUCUCCAACUGCACGGUCAGCGACGUCGAGCUUGCGGGCGGUGUCAUCACAUCGCUUGGGCUCAUCUUCCUCUCGGCCUUUGUCCACGGCGAGUUUGGCAUCCUCCUCAGCUUUGUGCAGUACUUCUUCAUGCUUCCGACGUUCGUCAACGUACUGGGUAUCUAUGCGUACAGCAACCUCCACGAUCUGAGCUGGGGCACGAAAGGCCUCGAGUCGGGGGGUGGCCACGGGCCGGCCAAAGCCGGCGGCGGCAACGUCAAGGACGUCGUCGAGCAGCAAAAGAAGGUGGAGGCGGCGCGGCAAGCGGCGGCCAAGGAGAAGGAAGAGGUCGACAACAGCUUCCGCGCGUUCCGGUCGACCUUGCUCCUCUCGUGGCUCACGACCAAUGGCAUUUGGCUCUACGUGGUCACCGACUACAUGUCGAGCGGGUGCUACCUCAAGGGCCUCAGCUAUAUCGUCGGCUUCUUCAACGUCGUGCGCUUCGUCGGCUGCGUCGUGUUUGUCAUCCUGCGCAUGUUCCGGCGGUUUGGCUGCAGCUCGCGUGCGUCCCGCGACAACUACCACGACGCGCUCCCAGCCGAGUGGCAGACGCACUACAACGUGACCAACCGAACCGACGGCCGCGUCGUGCUGCCGCCCAAGCAUGCGGCGUCCAUGGACCCGUCCACGCCCCAUGGUGGCGUCUACCAGCAAGUGUAA